UGAAACUCUGAAAGUGGAUUUGGAGUCCUCUCGUCAAGCUCUUUCGUUUUAGAACAUGGGGCCUUUCCCAGUCGAAACUACCCCCCCCCCUGCUCUAGGCACCAUGUCGUCGCUCAUCACGAUUGCCGAGCAGCUGGUGGCCCUGAACAUCAAGGUUGUAGAGGCGUUCCUGCCGCAGCUCGCUUGGGAGGCCCGCGCCGACAGGAACGGCGAGCACAACCCCCGCUACUACGCGCCCCUUCGUAUUGGCGAGGGCGGGCCGUUUGAGCGACGAGGGCUCCACGGGCUCCAUCCACCUCCGCAUGGCUGGCGAGGAGGAGAGGUGCAUUCCAUACGAGGCCGCCUACAUCAUGGACCCGACCACCGGGUCCCUGCCCAACAAGCACCGUGUGGCGCCGGUGGAGGGCAACACGUGUGUGCUGGUGGUGUCGGUUUACCGCACCGACCUCACCUACGACGACAUCGUGGGCGCCAUCGUGGCCAAGUCUGUGGAGCGGCGGCAGCCCUUCAGUCUGGCCGCCAUUGAGAUUGAGCGGCCGACGGCACAAGUGGCCAGCACCAGGAGGAACGUUGGCAACACCUAUGGCAGUGCCAACAAGGGCAGGACGCUGUCCCAGGCGGCCAAGGACGCCAUGUCGGCGGCCCGCAAGGGCAAGGGCAAGGGCAAGGGCAACGGCAAGCCGAUGUCCCAGGCGGCCAAGGACGCCAUUUCAGCGGCCAAAAAGGGCAAGCCGCUGUCCCAGGCGACCAAGGACGCCAUGUCGGCGGCCCACAAGGGCAAGCCGCUGUCCCAGGCGACCAAGGACGCCAUGUCGGCGGCCCACAAGGGCAAGCCGCUGUCCCAGGCGGCCAAGGAUGCCAGUUUGGCGGCCCGCAAGGGCAAGCCGCUGUCCCAGGCGCACAAGGACACCAUUUCGGCGGCCAAAAUCACCUGCCUCUGCGGCAUCUGCAAAACUGCAAGGCACGCCUGACACAGCAGGGGAUAAGGCCCCAGUCCUGGUCAAGACAAAAGAG